AAUGAUUUUGCUUGACUAUACCUGUAUGUAAUGCAUUUUAUUUUUCUUGUGUUCUCAGUUGGGCUGGGAGGAUAAAAAGGUUUGGACUGAUUUGUUUGGUAGGCAGCCUAGUACCUCUUCUCUCCCACACUUUCCUUCAGUCUCCCAAACACUGAGUAGUCCUGGCAACUCCAUUCCUGUAAAGGACACAGCCAAGGCCAGUUGCAGCCUGCUGCCUUCUCUAAGAAGCAACUUUCUGUUCGACUUAAGACGCGGAAUUCUGCUCUUUCUCUCCGGGAUGGCCAAAGAAACUAUUAUCAUGGACAGGAUUAAUCUUAUUGACGUCUUUGAGGGCAUCUCCCUGCCAAGACUAUUGCACACCCAAGAGACCGUGCAUGAUGCUACCAACUUCCAGUUCCAAGACACAGACAUUCUCUUGGUCACCUACCCCAAAUCAGGUACGGUCUGGACUCAGCAAAUCCUGAGCCUCAUCCUCAACAAAGAGGACAUUCAGAACACCAUCACCAAACCUACCUGGGAGCGGGCCCCCUGGAUUGAGCAAGUACACCUUUGGGAAUUUUUGGCCCAGAACAAUGCAUCCAAACCACGCCUCUUCACCACUCACUUACCUUCUAAAUUACUGAUACAUAACCUGAAGAACUCCAAGGUUCGAGUGGUGUACAUGAUACGGAACCCAAAGGAUGUCUUGGUCUCUUAUUAUCAUUUCCACAAGUUCUCCAAGUUUCUGCCAGAUAUUGAUUCCUUUGAAGCCUUCUUUGACCAGUUCCUGGAGGGCAAAGUGAGUUUUGGUUCUUGGUUUGACCACACAAAGGGCUGGCUAGGUGUCCAGGAAGAACUGAAUUUCUUUCUGAUCACCUAUGAAGAACUGUCCCAGGAACCUCACCAGGCUAUCCAGAACCUGUGCAAAUUCCUGGGCCAGCAGCUAGAACCCGAACAGCUUGAGAGCAUCGUGCAUUACUGCAGUUUUUCCUUCAUGAGUCAAAAUGACAAGCUCAACUUUACCCUGGUGCCUCCAGAGAUAUUUGACCACAGUGUGGGAAAGUUUAUGAGAAAAGGUACAACAGAAAACUGGAAGGAAUUCUUCUCACCUGAGCAAAAUGCCAGGUUCAAUAAAGUCUACCAGGCAGAGAUGGGCAAUCUCACCUCGAAAUUCUCCUGGUCUCUGUACUGACCAGGGAAACAAAAACCAGACCCUU